CCCCCGGAACUGAAGUUGUUGUGGUUCCGAGCGGGAGAAAAGAUCGUCGCGCGGGGCGGCAAGAUGGCGUGGAAUAAGGCAGCUGUAGUGCUAUGCCUAGAUGUGAGCUUUAACAUGCUCAACUCUUUUCCUGGUGAGGAGUCUUCAUUUGAACAAGCCAAGAAGGUGAUGACCAUGUUUUUGCAGCGGCAGGUGUUUGCUGAGAGCAAAGAUGAAAUUGCUUUAGUUCUUUUUGGUACAGAUACCACUAAGAAUGACCUUGCCACUGGGGAUCAGUAUCAGAAUAUUACUGUACAUAGACACCUAAAGCUACCAGAUUUUGAAUUGCUGGAAGACAUUCAAAACUCAAUUCAGCCAGGCUCUAGACAAGCUGACUUCCUCGAUGCUCUCGUUGUAUGCAUGGAUGUGAUACAAAAGGAAACCAUUGGAAAGAAGUUUGAGAGGAAACAUAUUGAAGUAUUCACUGAUCUGAGUAGCCCCUUCAGCAAAGACCAGUUGGACAUUAUCGUCAGUAACUUGAAGCGAUCUGACAUCUCCCUUCAGUUCUUUCUUCCUUUUCCAGUUGACGAAGAAGAUGGGGCUGAUGAUACAGAUGAUGGAAGCUUUCACUCUGAGAGACACAAACCAUCUCUUCCACAGAAAGGACUCACUGAGCAACAGAAAGAAGGUGUUGGUGUGGUAAAGGAUAUGAUGAUGUCCCUGGAGGGGGAAGAUGGUCUAAAUGAGAUUUACUCCUUCAGUGAGAGUCUGAAGCAGCUGUGUGUCUUUAAGAAAAUUGAAAAGAGACCCAUGCCCUGGCCCUGCCAACUGACCAUUGGCUCUAAUCUGUCCAUAAGGAUUGUGGCCUACAAAUCAGUUACUCAGGAGAAAGUAAAAAAAAAUUGGACAGUUGUAGAUGCUAGAACUCUAAGGAAAGAAGAUAUACAAAAGGAAACAGUUUACUGCUUAAAUGAUGAUGAUGAAACUGAAGUCCAGAAAGAAGACACUAUCCAAGGGUUCCGCUAUGGGAGUGAUAUUGUUCCUUUCUCUAAAGUGGAUGAGGAGCAAAUGAAAUACAGAACAGAAGGAAAGUGCUUCUCUGUUUUGGGAUUCUGUACGUCUUCUCAGGUACAUAGGAAAUUCUUUAUGGGAAACCAAGUUCUAAAAGUGUUUGCUGCAAAAGAUGAUGAGGCAGCAGCAGUGGCGCUCUCCUCCUUGAUUCAUGCAUUGGAUGAAUUAGACAUGGUGGCCAUCGUCCGGUAUGCUUAUGACAGAAGAUCUAAUCCCCAGAUUGGCGUAGCUUUUCCUUUUAUUAAGAAAGCUUAUGAGUGCUUAGUGUAUGUACAGCUGCCCUACAUGGAAGACUUAAGGCAAUACCUGUUUUCCUCCUUGAGAAACAACAAGAAGUGUACUCCCACAGAGGCUCAGCUGUCUGCAGUUGAUGCUUUGAUUGACUCCAUGAGCUUGGUUAACAAAGAUGAUGAUGAGGACACCAUUGAAGACAUGUUUCAAACCUCUAAAAUUCCAAAUCCCCAGUUUCAGAGGUUGUUUCAGUGCCUGCUGCAUAGAGCUUUGCACCCCAGUGAUCCCCUACCCCCAAUCCAGCAACAUCUCUGGGACAUGCUGGAUCCCCCUGAGGAGGUAACAGCUAAGUGCCAAGCCCCACUUUCCAAAAUAAAGACUCUCUUCCCUUUGACUGAAGCCAUCAGGAAAAGGGAUCAAAUAACAGCUCAGGAUAUCUUCCAAGAUAACCAUGAAGAUGACCCUGUGUCUAAAAAGGCUAAAACUGAGAGAGAGGAAGGCUACUUUAGUAUCUCCAGCCUGGCUGAGGGCAACAUCACCAGUGUUGGCAGUGUGAACCCAGCUGAAAACUUCCGUGUCCUAGUGAGACGAAAGAACGUCAACUUCAAGGAAGUAAGCUGCCAGUUGAUACACCACAUUGACCAGUUUUUGGAGACCAAAGGGCUACAGUAUUAUAUGAAGAGCCUUGACUGCAUCAAAGCCUUCAGAGAGGAAGCCAUUCAGUUGUCAGAAGAACAGAACUUUAACAGUUACCUGCAAGCGCUUCAAAACAAAGUGAAAGAUAAAGCCCUAAGUGAUUUCUGGGAUAUUGUCGUUCAAGAUGGGAUCACUCUGAUUACAAAAGAUGAAUCUCCAGGAAGCUCUGUAACAACUGAGGAAGCCAAAAAGUUUCUGGCCCCAAAGGAAAAACCAGCUGAAGUCAUGGAUGUAGCAGAGGAAGGAGGAGAUGUGGAUGAUUUACUGGACAUGAUGUAGGCUGUGGAAGAACCUAAGAUCGUGAGAACAGAAGAGCAUUGUGGUGGCUGCAGAAGACCCACAAACGGUCUUCCGAGGGAGGCUACCAGGAAGCCAUUCCAAGAGGGACCUGUAGUUCUGACGAUAACCCAUAGAUUCCAGGCCAGAGGCUGAACUGCGUGUUAGUAUUUUCUAUAUGAGUCAGUGAAUUAUUUUCUUAAGCUACAGAAAAUGUAGCUGUAGAAGUGAUACAUGGAUGCCAAGAGAAACAAUGCUGGUCCUCUUCUCAGUUUUCUGAUCUUUAUCAUUAUUACCAAUGUUGUAACAUUAUUCAAAUAUUCUGUUAAGUUCCAAGUGAACAGAUUCCAUUCUUGAUCACCUGGGCUCUGCAUAUGUCAUUGUUGUGAGGACAACCAAAAUAAAGUCGUUUUCAUUGGCUA